AUGCGCGGGGGCGAGGCGGGGGGCGGGCCUUCCGCCAUCUUGUGGCGGUACCUCAGCGCCCUGGACGCGCGUCGCAGCCGGUGCCGCAUCCGCAUCGGGGGGCACCUGGAGCGAUGGUGCCGCCUCAAGGACCAGCUGGGCUUCGCCCUCCACUCCCAGUUGGCCCAGUUCCUCCUGGACCGGUUCAGCUCCCACGGAGGCGGCUGGAGCAGAGGAGAACCCGAGCCCAACCUUCUCCCGGCCGAUGCCCUCCAGCGCCUGGUGGCCCUGUCCCAUGGUCAUGGCCAAGAGUGUGGCUUUGUCCCUGACGUCAAGCCCCCGGCUCCAGGUGGCGCCUCCCAACUGGUGUGGGAGUGCGUGGCCGGUCACAGCUUCUCCUGGGGGGUGACAGGGGACAGGACCCCCCCGAGUGGCCAUCAUGGAGGAGGAGAAGAAGAAGAAGAAGAGGACUCGGGGUGCAAGUCCCCAAGGGUCACCGGCCGCCGGCGCUCGCUGCGGAGAGCGAGGGUGGCCACCGAGUCCAGGAAGGGACAAGCCAAAGUGGGAGAACCCAACGGGGACCAGAGAGAAGAACUGGGAGCUGCUGGUGACAACGGUCACACGGCUCCCCAAGCUCUGACGCAGACGGGGACCACGGCAGAAGAUCCCGGGAGGAGACACCUCCCGGAGGGGAAGACGGAGGAGGUGGCUCAGCCCCAGGAAAAAGAGGAAGAGGAAGAUGAGGACUUGGCCGAGGACAAUGACCUCACCUACGCCGAUGACCUGCGGGAUGAGAACUACCACCCAUCUCUGGAGAGUGACUCUGAGCUGCAGCGACGACAAACCCAGUCCAAAGUCCGGAAGAAACCAGUGAAGGAGGAGCAGCCCCCGGAUGAGCCCAGCCCCACCAGCUCCAGCCCAGUGGAGGAGAAGACUGGACGAGCCAGCUGGAGGAGGAAGGGCCGACCCAGCGACGAGGAGGUGGCCCAGAUCGGCCCCAAGAGGAUCAGGAAGGCGGCCAAGAGGGAGAUCCUUCUCUGCGACUUCGAAGGCUGCGGGAAGAUCUUCUCCAACCGGCAAUAUCUCAACCACCACAAGAAGUACCAGCACGUCCACCAGAAGACCUUCACCUGCUCCGAGCCCAGCUGCGGCAAGUCCUUCAACUUCAAGAAACACCUCAAGGAACACGAGAAGCUGCACAGCGAUAAACGGGACUACAUCUGCGAGUUCUGCGCCCGCUCCUUCCGCACCAGCAGCAACUUGAUCAUCCACCGGCGCAUCCACACCGGGGAGAAGCCCCUCCAGUGCGAGAUCUGCGGCUUCACCUGCCGCCAAAAGGCCUCCCUCAACUGGCACAUGAGGAAACACGACGCCGCCUCCUUCUACCGCUUCUCCUGCGACCUCUGCGGCAAGAGGUUCGAGAAGAAGGACAACGUCGCGGCCCACAAGAGCAAGAGUCACCCCGAGGCGCCCCCCGGGACCCCCCAGAGCGAGGGGGGCGGCCCCGGACCCCCCUCCCCGCCCUCGGGGCUGAGGAAGGAGAAGGUGGAGACGGGCGGGACGGGGGAACCCUCGGAGACGGCGGGGCUGGGGGACAUCAUGGCCGACGGUGGCCACCAGGAGAAGGUCCCGGCAGGGGGGUGUGGGGGGCACGUGGGGCAGGAUCUCGGGGAGCCCCCGGGACGGGAGAUGGACGGCAAUGGCUCGUAGAGGGGCAACCUCCGGGUUCUCGACUCCUCAGCCUCAUGGGUCCUCCUCCAUGUUGUCGUCUUGGCAUCCGGUUCUUGACUCAACCUCCGGGUUCUUGACUCAAUCUUGGGUUCCCAACUCAACCUCCUCCACGUUGUCACCUCGGCCUCCAGUUCCUGACUCAACCUCCAUGUUCUCGACUCCUCGGCCUCCCCGUUCCUGGUUCCUCCUCCACGUUCUCGACUCAACCUCCAGGUUCUGACUCCUCCUCAGGUUCUCGAGGCCGGUUCCAGACUCAUCCUCUGGUUCUCAACCUCAGUUCUUGGCUCCUCCGACGGUUACGGCCUCGGCCUCCAUGUUCUUGACUCAACCCAGCUCAACCUCCAUGUUCUCGACUCAACCUCCGGUUCUUGGAGCCGGUUCCUGGUGCUCGGCCUCCGGUUCCAGACUCAUCCUCUGGUUCUCGACUCGUUCUUGGCUCCUCCGACGGUUACGGCCUCGGCCUCCAGGUUCUCGGCUCCUUCUCCAGGUUCUUGCCUCAACUCAACCUCCAGGUUCUCGCCUCACGGUUCCGGGUUCAACCUCCAGGUUCCAGACCCAAGGAGGGACCAGAGACGAUGGGACAACACCGACCCCUCCCCUGCCCCGUGUCCCGGUGCCAAAAUCACGUAAAAUGGGAAAAUUCCCACCUUCCCCGGAACUCGCCCCAAAACUCCUCAAUAAAGACUUCUUUUGGGGUAAAAA